GCAGUCGAGCUCUGAAAAUAACCAGAUGGAGCCAUAAAAUAGCUAAGCUGGCAACUGUGGCAUAUACGCACAUCAAUUAAGAGUUCUAAUUAUGAGACACGGUCCUCUUAGCCACCUAAUCACACAACUAUCUCAACACACACAUGCAUACCAAAAUGUGUUUUGUAUCUCAGCGAGUGAAACUCACCGAUUCUAAAUAUAUAACAUAAUAUUCUCGAGAGCAGCGUUGAAUUAUCGAAGAAACACCAUGAGCAUGUAAUAAACGGGCCAGCUUCGAGCCCAGUCUCCCCGUGUUCGUGCUGCACUCAGCUGUCCGUUAUCCGUUAUCCGCUGUUCGCGUGUAGACGUAGAAUAUCAUCCUUGAAGGCAGGAUACAAGAUCAGCUGUGAUCAUGGACCCGGAAGCGUUUUUGGAUGUGGCCAAUCAGGUCAUCAAGCUAAAAAUGUUUCCGUUCUUUGACAUCGCGCACAGUUUACUUGCCGCGCUGGCCGUGCGCGAGGAUUUGGGCGCCAAUGCUCAGGCCUUCUCACGGAAGCAUCCACUCGCCUGCUGGCUAUCCACAAUGCUUGUCAUAUUUGCCGGCGGCAUGGUGGCAAAUGGAUUACUUGGGGAGCCGAUACUGGCACCAUUGAAGAACACUGGACAACUCUUGGUUGGCACCGCCGUCUGGUAUAUCGUAUUUUAUACACCCUUCGAUAUUGGAUACAAGGUGGGCAAAUUUCUGCCGGUUAAAAUCGUUGCGAGUGCCAUGAAGGAGAUUUAUCGUGCAAAAAAAGUGUAUGACGGUGUUGGACAUGCUGCUAAAUUGUAUCCAAAUGCAUGGAUAAUCAUGAUCAUAAUUGGUACACUGAAGGGCAAUGGCGCUGGUUUCACCAAGCUUAUUGAACGCCUCAUCCGAGGCGCGUGGACACCAACUGCUAUGGAAUUCAUGCAGCCAUCCUUCUAUACCAAGGCGUCGUUGCUUGCUUCCAUUAUCUUCGUUCUUGACAAAAAGACCGAUUGGAUCUCAGCGCCACACGCUUUAGUUUACUUUGGCAUUGUUAUAUUCUUGGUAUACUUUAAGCUGUCAUCGAUACUCUUGGGCAUACAUGAUCCCUUCCUGCCAUUGGAGAAUCUCUGCUGUGCUAUCUUCUUUGGUGGCAUUUGGGAUAGUUUGGCCAAGAUUCUGGGACGUGGACAGGCCAAGGAUGGCGACAGUAAAGACGUUAAGAAAAGCAACUAAACUAUUUUCGUAACAUUAGCUCAAAGAAUAUUUUUUUUUUAAUCGCUGCCAACCAAAGCAACAAUUUUUAAUUGUUAUCGAACGAAACCUAAUUUCCCCAUUAUUUAUAUACAUACAUAUAUAGAGAGACAGAUACCUUUCUAAUUGUAAUUUUAUGCGCGAUUUAAAGUCAAAAAUCAAAUCAAUUUCAACUAUAAGCAACAAGUGGGUGUGUUUGCUUAUGCUUGACUCUGAUUUCAUGUUGUAUUUCGUCUUAGUUCCCAUUUAUGUAUAUUAUUUUUUAUAAUUUGUAAAACUGUGCGUAAUCAUAGAUAUUAUUUAAUGAUCUUUUGUUUUAAAUUACGACUGAAAGCAUCAAAAUAGGACGACUAAUUUAAUUUACGAUUUGUGUCUGCAGUUAAAGAAAGAUUGCGUGAUUUUAAAUCCAAUUUGCUCUGCUUUUUUUUUAUAACUACAUCUUCGGCAUGUCGAAGGCUACAAAAUACGCUCAAAUUUAAAUAUAUAUAUAUAAAUAUAUUUAAAUUUUCUAUUUGUCAAGCCCGUUAGGUGUAAAUAUUAAAUAGUCAUGUAUCGAACGAAGAAUGCAAUUUAAUUUUUUUGUCCAAAAAAAGUGAUACUUUUAAGAUCAAAAUAAUCGCGGACUAUUUAGUUAGUUACAUUUAUAAUUAAACACGCAUUCAUACAAUUGACGACCCUUUGUAUGAGUUACUAAUGAUCAUUGGUUGCAAUAAAUCUAUGUGAACUUAAA